AUGCGGAUGAGCUGCAACGGGUGCCGCGUGCUUCGGAAGGGGUGCAGCGACAACUGCGCCAUCCGGCCGUGCUUGCAGUGGAUCCGCAGCCCCGACGCGCAGGGCAACGCCACCGUCUUCCUCGCCAAGUUCUACGGCCGCGCAGGCCUCAUCAACCUCAUCACCGCCGGCCCCGAACACGUCCGACCUGCAAUAUUCCGCUCUCUGCUGUACGAGGCUUGCGGCCGCCUGCUCAACCCGGUGUACGGCUCGGUCGGCUUGCUCUGGUCCGGGAACUGGCAGCUUUGCCAGGCCGCCGUCGAGUCCGUCCUCCGCGGCAUGCCCAUCGCGCAGCCCCCGCCCGCCGCCACGGCUGUCCCGCCUCUCCGGUCAUGCGACAUCCGCCACGUCGCCAGGAGGGAAGCAGACCGCGGCGCCGGCGCCGCGGAUGCCGGCCUCCACCGGAUGGCCAACAGCUCGCGGUCGCAAUUCAAGCGAUCUGGCGCCCACAGAUCCGCAGACUCCGGCGGCAUCGAGCUCGUCUUCUCCCAGCCGUCGGCCUCGUCCAUGCUGGUCGACAUCCGACAGGCGCAGCCACUGAACUGGGCGCCACGCCAGCCAAGCCACGAGUACUCUGCGAGCCAUGACAACGACGGCGCCGUGCGGGAGAGCGACAGCAACGCCUCGGUGGACACCGCGGAUGUCUCUCAUGUCAGUCAGUCCGAACCGGAGCCACCAAGAGAGAGCGAUGAGCGUGCGGCGGAUGGCCUAGACCUCACACUAGGUCUGCCACCGACGGUGCACAAGGUCGUCGAGCCGUCGGACGUUGACGACGACCAGCCUUGUCACAGAGGCGAACCGAUGAAGCUCGGCUUGGCCAUGGCACAUUCUAGAGCUAGAUGA